ACGCUCGGAGGACUCGGAGAGGGAGGCAGAGUUGAACAACGGCGAGGAAAGGGAGGACGGUCGGCGGUACCGAGGGUCACAGGGAUGUACAGUAAACACAGGCAGAAAAAUGCCCAAAUAUCACCGGCAACAUGUGGACGUUUGCUCGUUUUUCUCUCUUUUCUGCUGCUGAACGGCGGACUGGUCCGAGGCAGCGGAGACACCGGAGAACAAGGGCUGCGUGGGGGGAGGACGGUGACGGCGCAGUGGCUCUCUCAAAGCCGAACCAAGAGGGAGGCCGAGACUUCAACACAGGAGGAGCACCCAGUCAGCGGGGAAAUCGCGCUCUCAUCCGACGACCUCCACCUGGUGCUACAAGUGGAGCGUAACCACGAGCUCCUGGGUCCAGACUUCACUGAGACGUAUUACUCAGAGGACGGACAGCCGGUGACGGUGGACAGUUACAAUUACACCGAUCACUGCUUCUACCACGGCCAUGUGAGGGGACAUCCACAGUCCUGGGUCGCUCUCAGCACCUGCUCAGGAGUCAGGGGCCUGAUAUCCUUGAAUUCUAGCGACACCUUCUACCUGGAGCCAAUCAGCGGCGAGGAUCGUCUCCUCCACUCGCUGCUGAGAGCGGACGAGCUGCAGAUUCAAGCAGGACACUGUGGACACGGACGCCACGGCACGCCGUCCAACCACAUCUCGGAGCUGCUCCGACCGUUUCACUCACGGGUAAAAAGGAACACCUUGGGUACGACCAAAUACAUGGAGCUGUACAUAGUGGCCGACAACACACUGUUCAAACGUCAGAACAAGGACUACGAGAAGACCAAGACCAGGAUCAUGGAGGUUGCCAAUUACGUGGAUAAGUUCUACAGGGCUCUGAACAUCCGCGUGCCUCUGAUCGGUCUGGAGGUCUGGACCGACAGGGAUCAGUGCAUCGUCACCGAGGAGCCGAACGCCACACUCUGGUCCUUCCUGCAGUGGAGACAAAAACUGAAGUCGAGAAAGAAGCAUGACAACGCCCAGCUGCUGACCGGUGUGAUCUUUAAGGGGACCACGAUCGGGAUGGCACCGCUGGAGGGGAUGUGCAGCCUGGAGAACUCUGGAGGCAUCAACGUGGAUCACUCGGAGCUCUCCAUCGGAGCCGCCGCCACGAUGGCCCACGAGAUCGGACACAACUUCGGGAUGAGCCACGACCACGACGGCUGCUGCGUGGAGGCCACCGCCGAGCAGGGGGGCUGCGUGAUGGCCGCCGCCACAGGGCAUCCGUUCCCUCGCGUCUUCAGCCGCUGCAGCAAGCGUGAUCUGGACAGUUACUUCCAGAAGGGAGGGGGGAUGUGUCUGUACAACAUGCCCAACAUGAAGGACCUGGUGGGGGGCAAGAAGUGCGGCAACGGCUUCGUGGAGGAGGGAGAGGAGUGUGACUGUGGCGAGCCUGACGAGUGCACCAACGACUGCUGCAAUGCCAACAACUGCACGCUGAAGGAGGAGGCUCAGUGUGCUCAUGGAGUGUGCUGCGAGGGCUGCAAAUUGAAGCAGGCGGGCACCAUGUGUCGGGGCCCGGCGGGGGCAUGUGACCUGCCAGAAUACUGCACCGGGGCCUCUCCUUACUGUCCUGCCAACGUCUACCUGCUGGACGGCUCCUCCUGUCAGUACGGCCUCGCCUACUGCUACAACGGCAUGUGCCUCACCCACGAGCAGCAGUGCCUGCAGCUCUGGGGCUACGGAGCUCGACCGGCCCAUGACGCCUGCUUUGAAGAUGUCAACGCCGCAGGGAACGCAUUCGGGAACUGCGGGAAAGAUGAACACGGCAACUACAUGAAGUGUGAGAAAAGUGAUGCAAAGUGCGGAAAGAUCCAGUGCCACAGCGCUGCCAAGAAACCCAAAGGGACCAACGCCGUCUCCAUCGACACCACCAUCAAAACGGACGGCAUCGAGGUGAAGUGUCGAGGCACCUACGUCUACAGCACCCAGGACGGACAGGGAGACCUCCCCGACCCGGGACUCGUCAUGACCGGCACCAAGUGUGGAGAGGGAAAGGUGUGCAGAGACCGCCGAUGCCAAAAUGCUUCUUUCACCGAGCUGGAGACUUGCAUCGCACGCUGCCACGGCAACGGGCUGUGUAACAGUAACAGGAACUGUCACUGCAGUCGCGGCUGGGCUCCACCUUUCUGUGAGAAACCGGGACUCGGAGGCAGCGUGGACAGUGGACCUGUGCAGUAUGACAGUCAGGUGGGGCUGGUGGUGGGGUUACUGUUUGCUUUCCUGGUGAUCCUUCCUGCUGUGCUGCUGCUCUUCUACUGCUACAGGAUCAAGACUUCAUACUUCCACAAGUGGCUUUCUCAGAGAGAGAAGAACAAGAACAACAAGUUGGAGGCGUCGCUGCAGAAGGGAAAGAACGGACACCUGAAUCCUGCCUUUCACCUGAAGGUGGUCGGACCGAUCAACAAGGCGGGCGGCCACAAGGGGAUUUCGCACACCAGCAAAGAGGUCCUGCCUCUCAGACCGGGUCCUGUUUCCAACGGCACCCAGCCGGUCAAUGUAGUGCGGCCUCUAAGACCUGCCCCGUCUCCCCAAAGAGGUGCCCGUGACAUCAAGGUGGUUCGCCCGCCUCUGCCAGCCGGAAAGCCCCCAGCGGCUCCAUCCAAGUCUCCCUCGACCCCUCAGAGACUCAGCCCGCCUAAGAAACCUCUGCCCCUGAACCCGACACGAUCACCACUGUUAGUGUCUGAGCUGCAGCCCAGACCGUCCCCCUUCCCUCCUCAGAGGCCCCUCCCCCUCAGCCCAGCCAGAGGAGCCUCCCCCACAGUGAGUCCAGCCCGGACCGCGGUCUCCAAGCCCUCCUCGGGCCUGUUGGUGAUGAUGCCCCUGGCAACAGGACCCAAACCUGUGGGCAAAGUCUCAGCCAUCCCGCCUCUCAGAGCUCUCAGACCAGUCCCAGGUGCCAAACCAAACACAGCCUCUCCUCCACCACGAAAAUGACCUUCUCCUCCCCCCUCCUCCCCCUCUCCGAGGAGGCAGUAGCUGACAGCUCAUUUGCACUAAAGAGACUUUGGCUGGAAAACCACAGAGCUGUCGCACACACCAGAGGGGGACAAACACAAAGUUCAAACCAGAGACACAAGAGUUCAGACUUCGAAAUGAAACAUUUUCCCAAACCCGACCCCCCUCCUCCUCCCCCCCUCCUCCUCCUCCUCCCAGCGUGCUCACAUUAACCACAAACGACGCGGUUUUGCACGGAGGCCUUGCAGACUGAGACAAGUGUCAUCGCUGGGGGGCGGUCACAUUUGCCAAAUGAGUUUUUUUUUAGGAUUAUUAAUUUUUUUUUUUAAUCUGUUAAUUCUGUCUGUGUUUAAAAAAAAAUCUUUUUGUAAUGAUGGUUGUCUUGUUUACAGUUUGUUUAGCGUCUCGUUUUAUGAUUUGUGUUCUGUGCCAAAGAGGUCUCUUCAUACCCGGGGUGUCCGAAAAAUCUGUCACAUCGAGUUUACCACAACUCCUCCAUCGUUUUUUGGUUUUUUAUAAUUUAUUGUAUCGUACGAGGAAUGUUUUAAAAUUACAAAUCUGGAGUUAGAGAAGCCUAUCACAAGGAAGGAAGGAGAGCCAAUCACACAGCAGCUUCUUUUCUACACUGUUUACAUGGUGGAGGAUUUGCAGGACACACCCCGGUCACUCAUGUUGAUUUGAAUGUCUUUUGCUGUGUGUUAUGACUUUUGAAUUGUUACAUAAAAUAUUUUUACAAAACUA